GCGCUUCACUGUUGUUCUUUCGCCGCUUCGUCAUGGCGAUAGCUCCGCGGCAUUACACGACCAACGAGGACCCAGACGCGGCUUCAUGGGUGAAAGGAGGUGAUACGAGCAGGUUCAUUCACAAGGAGUGCGCAGUGAACCCCAUGUUUAAGUCCGAAUACAUCAGAAACAAUCGCUCGAGCGGCCACAAGAACGUCAGGUGUUUCCCACAUUGUUGUGGCUCCCACCGUGAAAGUACCUUUUGCGGAUCCUCCAUUACCGUCCAAUGCAGCGAUCAUCCUGUCGUCGUGUACGGACGCUUUGAAGAAGCUGGUGACAACAAUCACACGAGUCCCCAUGUCAGCAUUGGCACUGUCCUCAAACUUUCCGACAUACAAAGCGACGAAAAGACGGCAUCCAGUCCGUUUGGCAUGUGGAUGGUCGGGACUUCUGUCGGCAACCAAUGCUACGAAAUCAACAAGAGCAAGUUGUCGUGGCACUACGGCUGGGUGUCGUCGCGCUUCAACAGCAAGACGCUGCAUCGGUUCCAGGUGUAUGUGUUCCAGCACGUGUCCUCACAGCAAAUCAAGUGCGUCUCCAUGAUGGCGUCGCCGACAUUUUCUCUCUGCUCGAGCCGAAAGACUCGGAAGAAGGCGGCGACAAGUGCCCCUGUCACCCUCAAGCUUGAACAGCCGAAAUCCGAGCCCAUGAUCGAACAAACGCCUCCCGACAAAGCUAAACAGCCACCACCGCCUCAGCCUGACUCGGCUCGGACGAUCCCCCCCCCAAUCAAAAUUGAAAUGCCGUCCUUUGAGUCGUUCCUUCGAAAUGAGCCACAAAUUACACGGCCACGGACGUUUCCAGGCAUUGAACAGAACGCCCCCAAGAGAUUAAAACCCACAUCAUCAACCGACGACCUGACGUUGCGACCGACCCUCAACGCUACCGGACCUCCGUCGCCCACUCCCUCGAGCACUUUCAGUUUUUCGAGCUUCAUGAACCCUUUUCCCCACCACAAUGCCCCAUCCUCGCCCGUUCCGUCAACCACAAAUUCGUGUGCGUACAGUUUUUCCAGUUUUAUUCGCGGAUGCAACGACCGGCCGUCAUCCCCCGUCCCGUCCUUGGCCCCUUCCACCUUUAGCUUUUCCAGUUUUCUCCCACCGAAAACCUGUGCGGGGCGCACCCUCACAUGCCCGGGGUCGCCCAAGACAGCGCCAGGGUCUCCAGUCCCAUCGUCCAUGCCGUCUGGUGUGGUAGCGUUGUUCUCGGACCUCAUCAAGGACGACUACUGCCGCAAAGCCAAAGAACCCAAGAAACGCGUGUCCCGUUACGACUACAUCGAUCGCGCCGUGUGCUUGAGCCAAAUUCAUGCCCUCGCGUCGUCCAUCAUUUCGUACGCUUGGGAAGACGGUGCGUGGGACAACUUGGCCGAGUCCACGACGCCGCUCCACGGGUUCAUCAUUCGCACGGGGGAGUGGGAAUCGAUUUCGAUCUAUGAGUGCCGACCGCGGACACACAAAACAGACGAGUCGUAUGACCAGGUGCUGACGUUUUGCAUGAAUGCAAUGCGCCAUUGCAUUCGCACGGGCAUGAUUGCGCGGCUUCGGGCGUUUCUCCAUUCGCACGCGUCGUCAAUCUUCAAACCAGAGCUGCUGGACCAAGCGUACGCGGACUUUAUUGUGUUUUUCGAACAAGAAAUCGAAAGCUACGUCUUCCCAAGGAAACACAUGCAAUGCGCGGCAUUUCUCGCGUACUUGCGCCACAACUUGCCACUCGAAUUGGUGUCACAGCUAGACAAACCAUCCGAAGAAUCGGCCGACAAUGAACCCCUCGGGUAUUUCGACUUGGUCACACAACUGCGCCAGGUGUACCAAUUCGUCAAGUCGGAAGAACAGCCUGUCGACACCCUGCCUACCUUUGUCAGUCGCACGUGCGUGACAGGGCGUUGGCGGCGGCUGCAACCUCCGAAUCAGUCAGGGGCAUCGUGGCUCUUUCGUAUUUUGGGCUCGUUCAUGCUCUCGCAUUGGACCCUGGUGGAAACCCCGUCCGAAUUGCUGAUGAAAUUCGACCAAAGCCUUAUUCCAACUUUGACGCCGUACUUGCUGAAUGGUGACCCGAUGUUUCUAUCGUUUUCUCCCAUCGGGAUGAGCACGGGCGGCAUGCAAGGGCGAGCUAUGGCUGGGUACAAGGCCUGGCGCAACGAUCGCGACCAAAUUGUCAUUCAGUGGCACAACUGGCCUCGCGGGAAGAACGGCAUCCGGAGACGGUUCUCGCGAACCCUCUACCGUUCCGACACGGACCCGGACGUGCUGUGCUCGCACACUGUGGUCGAGGAAACGUUUACGAGCGAAGAAAGCUUGAAGACGUUUUCGGAGAUGAAUUUGUCCGAGCGCAUCAACUUUCCAGGCGAGUGGCGGGUCAUCCUGGAAGAAGACUCGACGUUUGUGCGCAUUAAGGACUGAGUUGUAUGCUAUUUGGAAACUGGCAAGUCCCACGCGGUCGCAUCUCGGUCUGCGCGCUGUUGUAACUUCAAAAAAUACCGUGUGCGUUCGGGCGGGCUGUACGUCG